ACCACACUGGUGCUCAAAGGUGUAACAUUAUGAAAGGAUAACGUUUAAUGAGGACGGGAAAGAAGUGACAAACUGCCAAACCCUGAAAAUGAUGAUGGAUUCCCAUGAAUGGCUCGUAUAUUUGUGGAUUACAGAUGCACCAGAACAAGCUGGCGUCUUCAGAAUCUUGUUGGCGCGGUGAUGCCUUAGUUCUGCCUAUAGUAACAGGCUGGUUGAAGAAAUGGAGUCAUCACAUGCAAACCUAUGCGGUGACAGUCAGGGGAAUCUGUAAGCACAGGUUUAUGGUAGACAGCGUGGCACUGGUGGAGGAACUCUUGAGGCACGUGGUUUGCAGGAGCACAGGAUUCAGCUGAAGAAUCAAGGUUUCCUUCUGUUUCCUCUCAGCUCAGCCAUGUCUGAAAUCUGACGUGUUGUAACCUGACAAAAAGCUACAAAAAUCAGCCAGAGGAUCAAACUCGACAGUCAAGAACCUUUCAUGAAACUGAUCAGUGGCGAUACAAAUAUGGAUUUCCAGGUCCAGAUCAGCAAUAUGAGCACUUGUGAUGCACAGCAGUCAAUUGCCCAACACUGGUCUCCAGCGUCUGUUCAAACUUCCGUCAGUCAUGAAGUAUUGAGCAUCUCAUCUCUGGUCCCUUCCACAGCUCUCAUUCUCAUCCCCAGCUCUCAGCCUACGCUUCAGGGAAAACAAUACUCAGAGUUUCCGUUCUUUUCUGAAUUCAUAACAGAUCCUAAAGUUCCCGAAACGUCCACAUCUGAGACCCGACAUCCAAACACCCUGACUUCACCAAUUCCUUGUAGUGAAAGUCCAUUGGAUGUUGAGCAGAGGAAACUGUCAGAUGGGGGACCACUGGAGGAGGGAUCAGUCGGUCUCAUGCUACCCAAGGAUCUUCCUGUUGAAGAGCCAGGUGCAGUGUCUCAGGUGUGUUCAUCUCGUGACUUGUUACUCAUUGUCAGCUUUCCUCUGAUAAUCGUCCUGAUCAUCAGCUCUGCUCUAUUGGUCAAGUUCCUGGUGUUCCCCUCUGAAUACCCAGUCAACCAAACAGGAAACAUCACCACAGACUGCAGAGUUCAAGUCAACGAUGGUCGACGUAUUGUUGGGGGGACGAUGGCGGCCAGUGGCAGGUGGGGCUGGCAGGUCAGCAUGCACUGGAGAGGGAGACAUGUCUGUGGAGGUGCCAUCAUCGCCCCCUACUGGGUCAUCACUGCAGCUCACUGCUUUGUUGAAGAGAUGUCGGCAGUCGCUGACUGGCUGGUGGUGGUGGACACCGUACGCAUUGAAGACACUUCUGUGGGGAAACGUUACAGAGCCCUGCAGGUCCUACACCACCCACUCUUCAACACUUACAACAAUGACUAUGACGUGGGCCUCCUGCGCACCAUCACUGACAUAGACCUGACAGCUGCUGUGCGUCCAGUCUGUUUACCUCGUCCGAAUGACUUGUUUCCUCCUGGGGCAGCCUGUUGGAUCACAGGCUGGGGAUAUGUUCAUGAAGGAGGCUUUACAUCGAACGACUUACGACAGGCACAGGUGGAGGUGAUAGAUCAGUCUGUCUGCUCCCACCCAAGUGUCUAUGGUGUGCAUCUCACUGCGAGGAUGAUUUGUGCUGGUCAAAUGGACGGAGGAGUGGACUCCUGCCAGGGUGACAGUGGUGGACCCCUGGUCUGUGAGACAGUCCAUGGGGAGUGGAGGCUGGCAGGGGUGGUGAGUUGGGGAGAGGGCUGUGGACGGCAAAAUAAACCGGGUGUCUACAGUCGAAUCACCCACCUGAUCAGUUGGAUAGAACGACAUGUGCAGACUGUAAGAACCCUUUAUUAUUGGCAUGUGUUAUAUUCACAGUCAGUCAAAUUCUACAGUCUAUUUUCAAAUUCACAAAAAUGUGAAUUGACAAAGGAACUGGAGACAAAAGACAAUAAAGAUUAA